AUCAGUUCAGUGUGCCAAAUACCUUUUCGUCUCUCCGACAGUUAACUUCAGCCCAUUGCUUUGUCACAGGUUUCUAUUAAGAUGAGGAAUCUUCUUGUGGGGGUUUUUCUCGGACUUCUUGCUGUUGUCCACUCAACACCUGUCCAUACUACGACUCAGAUCCCAGUCAUAGCUGAAAAUGAAGUUAUCAGAGAGGCUUUGACGGACGGAUACCUCGUCGAACAGUCUUUACUCCCAACAUUGACAACUGAAUCGCCCAAAAGAAACACUACCGUUCAGCAGAUAACUGACAACACUCAGGAAAGUGCUAAAGGGGAGUCCAUGGAUCCAAUAUCUACAUCCACCAUCUUGCCAGAGGACACUCAAGAAAACAUUUCAGAUUUAACCACUACCCCAAACCCUCAGCUUAGCUUUACCUCUUCAGAAGAGCCAAAUGAAGCCGAGCCAGGCGUCACGGCCACCCACAUCACAGUCCCUCAAACUACUGACCUUACGAUUGCCUUCGACAUUGCCUUCCGGUCCACCCUGAGUUCUGAAUCAGGCUCUGGAGAUGGAGAUGGAGAGAUGUUUACCCAGCAGCCUACUACAACCUCCAGUAUGACGUCAGGCUCUGGAGAUGGAGAGAUGUUUACCCAGUACCCGACUACAACCCCCAGUAUGAUGUCAGGCUCUGGAGAUGGAGAUGGGGAGAUGUUUACCCAAUACCCUACUACAACCUCCAGUACGACCUCAGGCUCUGGAGAUGGAGAUGGAGAGAUGUUUACCCAGGACCUUACUACAACCAGUUCACGAUCAACCAGCAUGGCUGAUUUUAUCGCACCAAGAAUGUUUGCAGGAAGCGAAGGAUCAGGUGAAGGAUCAGGAUCAGAUAUUGAGAACAGCAGUAUAGUGCUAAUCAAUGAGACACCUUCGAAGCAAGAACCUUUGAGAAAUAGCGAAAAUAGUCAGAUAGGCCGCCUGGACGAUCCUGCCUCUAACAUAGGACACAGCACACCAGGUUGGAUCAUUAUCGUUGGUUUUAUUGUGGGCCUUGCAGCGUUGAUAGUGCUAUUUGUUGCCAUCGCUACCAGAGACAAGUGGAAUGCACCAAACCAGGCAUCCGAGACCAAGAGUAGCUCCUCCAACCAGCAGAGGGAGAUAGAGAUGAAGACGUUCCUGCACAAAGACAAUCCCAGGGAGAAUGGAACGGCGGGAGAGUACACGGUCAUCCCCCUGGAGGAGCUUCCAGAACCUUCCUCACACUGAGGUUCUGACACAGACUCUCCGGAGGCUUCAGACUCAUCACAGAAACACAAGUCAGAGUUUGAAACAGAACGCUUUGAUCAGAGCAACGAAAGGGCUGUGGAGCACAAACGGUUCCUAUGAACUUCUCAGCUCUGAUCCUAGUCUGAACCCGAAACAUAAUGUGGCUUUCCCUGUCAACUUUCAUAAACUCUCAUUUACUUUUAAACUACAGCAAUAUUCAUGUUGAUGCUUUUAUUGCCAUUGUAUUAUCCGGAAAGAAAUACUGUUGGAUGUUUUAUUGUUUGUUUUUUGUAUGUUUUUUUAACUGGCAAUGAUUCUGUGAAAAUCUCUUUUUUGCAAUAAAAUUAUUUGUGUUGUGGAUUGUAACUUAUUUUAAGCUGUUGUGUUGUUUCCCCAACCUUUAUUAAAAAACCUCUGAUUCUUGAACAGUGCCCGACCCACUGACUCAGACAACCUA